UGUCGCGCGCGUCCGUCGCAUAUUCCAUGCGACCCCGCCAACGCUCUAUCGUAAUAUGGAUAUACACCACAUACGCGCUCUUAUCAACAUCCAGUUCUCGUAUCUGUGGUUUUGCGAAGUCUUCGAAAAGUAUAAAUGGAUUAUAUUGUAAAGUGCUCCAAGAAACUAGUUUUGUAAGUAGAUAACUGUGUGGCAUUGCCAAUCAAAUGUGAUUUUAUACAAGUGUAGUGAUUCAUAUUAACUUAUUUAUUAUAAAUAUAGUUAUUGUAUUAAUAAGUGGACAAAACAAAAUGGAACGUAACAAAUUGUAUGCGUUUCGGUGGCGUGCUUCCUUAGUGUAACUAGUGUAUAGUGCUCCCAAAGUCUGAUCUGUUAUUUAUUAGUUAUAUUUAUAUCUGUGGAGUAUGCUGAUCAAUACGUUUUUGGACACGGAGGAUUUCGUGCAUUUGUACUACGCGGAGGAUGAGGCGGCGCCCGCGCAGAAUUGCGGGCAAGGCGCUCGCAUGGCUGCCAAGUGCCCGCAACGUCCUCCCUCCCCGGACUACUCUCAAGCACAGCAGGUGUUAACAAACGGCGAGAUGAGCGAGCGCGAGCGGUACCGCGCGCCGCCGCCGCCGGAGCCGCCGCCGCACCGCGUGCGCGCCGCUGAUCUCUACCCGCGCCUGCGCACCCAAUACGACGAGCCCGGCUUGGACGCCGGAUUCACGCCGAUAUGCGGCGAGUUCUUGCAGUGGGUCGGAAGAAUGGCGGACGGUGGCACCAUAGCGAUGUCAAACUACCGCCUACACAUGCAGCCCCGUCGCCGGAACGGGCCCGGCUCGUCGGUGCCUCUCCGACUCAUAGACGGCGUCGAGAUACGGGACCUGGUACACCUGGUCGUGUUGUGCAAACACGGCCGACAGCUAAAGUCAAACUACCGCCUACACAUCCAGCCCCGUCGCCGGAACGGGCCCGGCUCGUCGGUGCCUCUCCGACUCAUAGACGGCGUCGAGAUACGGGACCUGGUACACCUGGUCGUGUUGUGCAAACACGGCCGUCAGCUAAAGACAUCAUUCAACACAGGAGAUCAGUGCAUGGAAUGGUGGCGGAGACUGAACACGGCGAUGGCGCCGAUCGGCUCAGUUCAAGAAACGUUCGCCGCCGCAUACGCCGCGUGGGCUAAGGAGCAGCCGCCGGCGUCCGUACACCGGGCGCUUAUGAAAGCGUCGCACGCGCCGAACAAACACUGGUUUGGGCCUGAAGUGGAGCGCCUAGGUUUCACAACCAAAGGCGCGUGGCGGGUGACCGCUGCCAACGCUGAGUACAAGCUGUGCCCAUCCUACCCACCCCUGCUCGUCGUGCCGGCGACCAUCGGAGACGAGGACCUGGACUCCGUAGCGAGAUUCCGCGCGAUGCGGCGCAUACCAGCAGUGGUAUGGCGACAUCGCGGCAACGGAGCGGUGAUCGCUCGGUCGUCGCAGCCCGAGGUGGGCUGGCUGGGCUGGCGCUCGAGCGAGGAUGAAAGGUUGCUGACUGCCUUCGUGCAAGCUUGCAACGCGGACCGGGGCUUGCAGCCGCCUUCUACCGCUAACAAGCCCGAGGUGGGCUGGCUGGGCUGGCGCUCGAGCGAGGAUGAAAGGUUGCUGACUGCCUUCGUGCAAGCUUGCAACGCGGACCGGGGCUUGCAGCCGCCUUCUACUGCUAACAAGCCCGAGGUGGGCUGGCUGGGCUGGCGCUCCAGUGAGGACGAGCGGCUGCUGACUGCCUUCGUGCAGGCUUGCAACGCGGACCGGGGCUUGCAGCCGCCUUCUACUGCUAACAAGCCCGAGGUGGGCUGGCUGGGCUGGCGCUCGAGCGAGGAUGAAAGGUUGCUGACUGCCUUCGUGCAAGCUUGCAACGCGGACCGGGGCUUGCAGCCGCCUUCUACUGCUAACAAGAUCGCUCGGUCGUCGCAGCCCGAGGUGGGCUGGCUGGGCUGGCGCUCGAGCGAGGAUGAAAGGUUGCUGACUGCCUUCGUGCAAGCUUGCAACGCGGACCGGGGCUUGCAGCCGCCUUCUACCGCUAACAAGAACCUCAAGCUCCUAAUAGUGGACGCUCGCUCCUACGCGUCCGCCGUCACCAAUCGCGCUCGUGGCGGCGGCUGCGAGUGCCAACAGUACUACCCGAUGGCGGACAUCCAGUUCAUGUCGCUGCCCAACAUCCACCACGUCAGGAGAAGCUUCCAGCAGAUGCGGGCCUUAGCAGCAGAGCCGAGCGACCAGGCCAACUGGCACAGCAACCUGGAACGCACGCUAUGGCCGCAAUACGUGGCAGGCGUGUUACGCGCGGCCGGCGUGGUCGCACGCGCGGUACUAGGCGGCCGGCCGGCGUUAGUACACUGUUCAGACGGCUGGGACCGCACUCCGCAGAUCGUGGCCGCCGCCCAACUGGUGCUGGACGCUCGCUAUAGGACCCUACAGGGUUUCCAAGUGCUAAUCGAGCGCGAGUGGCUCGACUUCGGCCACAAGUUUGCCGACCGCUGCGGCCACCAGUUCGCGGCGGAGGAACCCAACGAGCGGUCACCCAUCUUUCUGCAGUGGCUCGACGUGGUCCACCAGAUGAUGGCGCAAUACCCGUGCAGCUUCGAGUUCAAUGAGGCGUACCUGAUAAAGCUGGCCACGCACGUGCAUUCGUGCAUGUUCGGCACGUUCCUAUGCAACACGCGGCGCGAGCGCGCCGAGUGCCGCGCGCCUGAGCAGCUGGCUCAAGUCUGGCAGUUGUUGAGGGCUCCUGCGUACAGGAACCAUUUGUACGCGCCGCACCCUGCACAGGUGGACGGUCUCCACCCCGACCACUUUGAGAACAGCACACACUUACCCCGCGAUAUCGCGAGCGGAUCAUCAUCCUUAGAACGCGAGUUAGGCGUAGCGGCGGCGGAAAAGACCGACAUCGCCGACUUGGCCGACGGUGACGGCGAAGCGCGAGCGUUGGACGCCGACACGCCGGAGGAAUCGUCGGCGUAUCUCGCUGAGGUGCUGGCUGAGGUCUUGGUGGCUGACACACCAAGAGAAUCCGGAAGAACACGAAACAUUAGCAUUACAUGGCGUUCUAUAUCAGAGUCAAGCAACCAAUCGUCCACCGGCUUCGACAUUGCCGACGCCCACAGACCUGAGGCCACGCCCCCAGACUCCCACGAAGCCUCCCCCAUAGACAACCAUAACUCCACGGAUGGGGACGUGGUCAACCAUAACGUGGUCAACCAUAACGGAGUGAACGGGGUUAACGGUGUUAAUGGGACGGUUAAUGGAGUUAGUGAAGAGACGGCCAAGUUUUUGGAAGUUGAAUUGAACGGAGGCGCUACAUCAAGCAGCGUGUCCUCCGAAAGCGAAGGGGAGGCUGCGGCCACAACGAGGAGAACCGGCGGGAGGAGGCACGGCAGCCAGCUCACGCUGUGCCCAGCCUCCCCUCGGCGCGCCUCUUGCUGCCACAGCACCACCAGCGGUAUAGAAACAUCAGGGGAAUCAGCGACCGCCGACGACGUGUCGUCGUGCUGGUGCGGCCUGGACGCAGAGACGGGCGGCGCGCGUUGUGUUUGUGGGGCCCCGGCGGGCGGCGCGGGGGCCCCGGUGCCUGACCCCUUGGACGGACUGCCCCCCAACGCUGACCCCUUGCAGGAUAGGCUGCACCAGAUCAUAGUGUACCAAAAGGUGAGUGUACUUAUCCAUAAAGGCUGGUGGGGGGUUCAGGGGGUUCUGGUGCCCGACCCCUUGGACGGACUGCCCCCCAACGCUGACCCCUUGCAGGAUAGGCUGCACCAGAUCAUAGUGUACCAAAAGAAAGUAGUAUCCGAGUUGACCGGCCAGCUGCGGCAGGCGCGCGAGCUGCUCCGCCGACACACCUCGCCCGGCGCCGCGCCGCCGCCGCCGGAGCCUGCCCAGCGUGGGCGCAGCCACUCGGACUCGGCGUCGAGUGCGAGCGCGAGCGGCAGCGGCAGCGGCAGCGCCUCCGAAGUGGAGGUGGGAGAGGAGGCUCGCGGUGUGGUGUGGCUGCCCGAUAGCGCCGCGCCGCGCUGCCAGCACUGCCGCAACCACUUCUGGCUGGCGCGCCGCCGCCACCACUGCAGACGCUGCGGCGGCAUAUUCUGCGGUUCAUGUUCCGAGAUGAGUUCGUGGGGCGACUGCGGCUCGGUCCGCGUGUGCCGCCGCUGCCGCACGGAGCGGUGACGCGCGGGCCCCCCCGUGCCCCCCGCCCCCCUGCGCGCGGUGUGACGUGAGUUCCGAUACGCCCGGCCCGAUUCAGUAUGAUGGUCUAUAUAGACGACAUUGUGGUAGAAGCGAAGGAACUUGCAGAACAUAUGGCCGAUUCAGUGAUGCAUAGGCACUUGCAAACCAUAAGGCCGAUUCAGUUUGUUGCUCUACAUAGACGAUAAAAGGCACUCUCAAACCAUAAGGCCGAUUCAGUUUGUUGGUCUACAUCGACGACAUUGUGGUAGAUUCAAAGGCACUCGAAAGACAUAAGGGUUGAUUCCACUUGUGCUUUUGUGUGCGGAUACUCGGUACGAUGUGGAUUGCUAGUGCGGAUAAUGUUGAGAAAAGAGUAAUACAGAUUUAAUAUGACUGUGCGUAUUUGUUAAUCUUGUAUUUCUGAUAUUAUUGAUGUUAUAACUGAUAUUAUGUUAUUUGGAAUCAAACUUGUUAAGAGUUUUGAAUUGAAUAAUAAUUUGAAAUAAUAACAUUAAUUAAUAUAAUGAUUUCAAAUGCCAAUAAGCAUUAUUUCACUAACAUGAUGUCACACUUAUUGUAUAGAAGAUUAACCAAUACGCUAACCCAACCUCCAAAUAAUUUUCCACCAUGGCUGGACUAAAGAACCCACGUCACACCCCCGGCGAUAACUGAUUAGACCGUAAAUUGUUAUAGACAGCGAGCCGUAAACAACGCCCAUACUGCCUAAGGAAGACUUAUAUCUGUACUGAUUCAAACCCCACUCGCGUACGUCACUUGAAGUUAAGGGUGGGUUAAAUAAAUUUUGUAUUAGGUAUGUAAUUAACAGUUUAAUGUCAAAUGACGUCUGCGAGUGUCGUUAAUAUUAUGAACUGUCAAAUUAUGGAAUAAAGUUCUUUCUUACGCGUUUUCCAGUAGUGGCGUGUGUUUUUACUCGCCCAUCGGCUGCCUUCAUUAUGAGAUUUAACUAUACUCUGCAUUGUUAUCAGUGUUUGUCUUUUUGACGUUCAACAGUUUAUUAAUUUUAUUUUAUUUUAUCAAGUGCUACUAAUGCAGCUCUACCAACUAAGAGCAUUCCUCCAGUGUACAAUACCUUUAUUAAUACUUAUAAGCUAUUGAAUGUACAAAAAGACAACAAUAUCGACAUUGGUUAUGAUACCGCGCUAGUGUAUAUACCGGAUACUAGUCAACGCUUUGAUGAACUAACAUGGAACUGUUUUGUAACUGAAUCGACUAAAUAUGCCAAUCGAGAAACAACACUUGUAUAGUCAUUCUUGUCUUUCUUACGCGAUUGACAGAGACGGCUAUACAAUUGUAUUGUUCCUUACUGGCAGUAAAAUGUUUAUUUCUAAUAACCGAGUAUUUAUUGAACACGUAUUGAAUAAAAUGUGGGCAAAGAAACUGGUGUAGGCGGAUCCUAGAUAGCUAUAAAGAAUGAUCGUUAUGAUGAAGGCUGAUUUUCUACGCUAAUGUUCGAUUAUUUAAAACUAAUUUGACGUCUUUUAAUUUUUUUUAACGGUCACUAACGCUGGCGACUGUAGACUCAAAGGUUUUUCUGAAAUAUUUCCAGGAAAAAUUUUCCAAUCGUCAUAAAGUUAGGAAAAUCGUAUACGCCUGAAUGAGCAACUCAUUUUCAUAGACAAUGCAUUUGAUUGUUGAUUAUGUCGAUUGAAAAAUUUGUUAUAAUUUUAAUAGUAAAUAGUUCAGAAAUAUCAACAUUCUAUAUUAGAAUGUAAUGUUUACCGCCGACCACGCUCGUUCCAUGAAAAGGUUUCAAACGCGAACCUCUGAAUGACAAGACAACUUUGUAUAAAACGCUGUUUUUUGUUUAUUUUAUUUUGUAUUAUAGUGUUUCAUUUGUUCUAUAAUUAUUUUUGUACAGUAACGUUUUGUUUCACACUGUCAGACGGCUCACGUUGGCUGGCGGAAAGAGACAGGUUGUAUAUGGAUCGUCAACGCGUGCGAGGGAGAUAGUUGUAACGUCAGUUGACUUGGGGCUCGGGACUUACUCGUACAAACAGCAACGAAUGUGUUAACUUUGUGAGCCUUAUUUUUAUUGUGAAUAAGGUUGAUUAUGUUGAGCAAUGUCGUGCUUACGAUGUGGUUUGUAUAAAAUACGGCCAUAUGUUAUGUUACUCAGUGAUUUUGAAAGGGAUGCCCGGUUUUCGGUCAAUAUUUUGGGGCUAUUUUAGAAUCUAUGAGUCUCUUAUUUAUUAAGCUUUCAGUAUAAACGGUUUUUACUUCUGAUCAAUUCUUUUGCUGGCUAGAAAAUUUGUGUUCAUUACAAAAUAUUGACCCAAAGCUGGCAUCUCGUUCCCCGUUAUUCAAUAUACCACGCACUAAACAUAUAAUAUCAUACAUAUAUCCCAUACAACGGGCACCGAGCUCUGUAUUUUAUUUGUGAUAUUGAUGAUAAUUUUGUAUGAUAGUUAAGAGUUUAAUAACAUGUUGUUAGACGUUAAAUUUUACAGGUGAUUAUUUUAAUAUGCCCUUGCGGUGCGUUGAUUGAGUUGUUGGCUUAUACCUUAAUUGGCGCAGUUUGUUUUCAUCGGUUUUGGACUUUAUGACAAGGGAAUAAAGUUCAAAAUGCGGUGACAAUGAGGUAUAGAGCUUCAUUGGUUGAGAGCCGCGGUCUGUAGGUAUGUAAUGUUACAUACAUAUAAAAUUCCUUUUCUAAUUGUUAUGACGAAUAUUUGUAAUAAUUGUAAUUACUUAUUUGGAGACACAUCCAUAUAAAUGUACGCCAGCUGGUCAAUCUAUCAUAAGUUGAUGAAUUUCUCCAGUGGAUAGACUUAUACCUUUAAUUAAAGUUAAAAUUGUUUGAAAUAAAUUAAAUGUGACAUUUGAAAUUUUAUGACAGGUUGAUGUGCUGACGGUUUUCACUUGAAUUGUGCUUUUCUUUUAUGUGUAUUGUUUGUAAAAUAAAUCAUAUUUUACAACCGAAUCUAUCCAGUAAAUGUUGUGAUUUCGUAACUCGAUAAUUAAUCCAAAAUUAAUUAAUAAAAUGUAAUGUAAUGUUAAUUGAUUGACUUAUUAUUUACGUUGAAUGAUAUUGUGAAAAUAUGACUGUGUUCUAAUAAUAUUGUAAAACAAUUUAUCGAAAGAAUAUGUUCUUUUGUAAUAUAAGUAUGCAAUAUACUUGAUGCUGCUAUUGAAUAAAUAAACUAAACAUUGUAACUAAUAAUACAUUGAUUAUUAUUGAGUCUAAUUUAAAAAUUAUUAUUCAAGACCGCGGCCAAUGCCUAGAAGCGAAUAAAUUUUGAAUUGUAGAAAAACGUUUGUGUAAUUCAGUUUUUAAUUCUAGACAGUAAAGUGACGUUUUUACUGUAAACGGUACAGAUAUUAUAGAACUAUUUAUAAUGGAUAACAUUUUUGCCGAUAGAAAAAUAGAAUGCCUUUUUUUAACAUUAUUCAUACUGAAUCAUAGUUAAUUUUAAAUUUCACUGUAUAUUUUUAAUUUUGAAAUUAUUUUUGUCGUCUGUCCUAGGCGAUACUACGGCGACGGAGUCUAUUUUUUUUUGUUUUACUGAAUUUGAAUGAAUUUUGCAUUUGCAUUUUUCCGAUGGUAAGAAAGUUUAUACUUUACAGACUCGAAUUAAAUACUGGAUUAUCCAUUUGGUACUUACCGUAAGUUUGUAUGUUCGCAUUUAUAUAAAAUACCUAUUCACUCGACAACUGUUUUCAAACUUAUAGCUUGUGUGGUUUCAGAUCCUAGUUUCAAAUUAUUUUCGAAUUUACAGUUUCAAGAAAACAAACUUGCGGUAAAUACGAAAAUGGCAUGCUUCUUGUAUAAAAUGAUUUCGUAAUUUAUUAGCGAACUGAGGGGUUGUUGUUAAAUGCAUAUAUUUUAUAUUGUAAAGCGGGCGGAGUCACGGUAUGUUCCAUGUCGAUGUGCAAACUUGUUUGUGACCAAUGAAUAUUGACACGAUGUGAAAUAAAGCAUAUUUAGUUUUAUGAA